ACAUGAAUAACCUCUCGAAGUGCAGCUAAGAAUCAAACACCAUUCACCCUGAGCGACAAUAAUGGCUUGGUUUACCUGGGCCAACCAUAUUUGCCAGUAGACCUUGUCCACCUACACCGAGUGACAGCAGUUCUGCAUCAGCCGCAUGAUAUAUUUCGUCAUACCUUGCUCACAAGCGGCGCGACAUUACCCCCCUCAUUUCACGUCCUAUCGAACCCAAAGCGCACCUCAAUAUUGAGGAUCCAACCCGACCACCUCUCUCCAGCAGAACUUCAUAUGUACUGGCGGGCGACCUUCUUCAGUGCACAGUUGUUCCGAUAGGAGCAGUCACUGAUACAGUGAGCUUACGAUCUUACUUGGGAUUCGAAUGCAACACUUAUUUACUUGAUCGGACAAUACAUUAAGCCUCGCAGUUUGAACAACUGCUGGUACGGUUGUUCGUGCAAGCCAAGACCGAGACGGCGAUUGACCAUGUCCGAAACGUUUGGGGAUAUAUUGGAGGAACAAGUAUAUAUACGCGGUCAUAUAUUCGACGGAGUGGACUACGAAAGAACAAUAUUCGGCAGGGGGGCAUUGAUCAGGGUCUCUGAUCCCAAGGCAGCGAAAGGCACGGAGCCAUACUGGAAAUACGACGAUUCUGCAGCAGACACGGAACAUGUUGUUCCCAAAGGGCUUGAGGUUGAAGUGAUACAUGGAUGGGUUAAGCUGACCAAGUCCACUGGAGCUUGAGUAGCUCGAGCACCUGAAGUCCCUCUCUACGGCCGACCCAUAAAGUGAUAGAGAUAUCUUCAUUCUUUCCCUCAGGAAUUAGCGUGGUCAAGCAUUCUGUUGUCGGUUCUUUUUGCUUCCUUUCUAUCUCCCAUUGUUUGCUGGCCUGGACUGCGUUGGAGAGUAGGCUACCCAAGAGGGCUAUCUGGCUAGUUGGUGCUUUCGAGAACAUGUAUUGAAUUUCUAGAGUAGAUACUUUCAGCCUUCGCUUGCACAUAAUGAUUUAUUCUUGCUUACGUCUGCUUUGCUGGACUAUCGGCAAUUGACGAGUCUCAGACCCUCUUCUCUGCAUUUGUUCUGUCUCAGUUCCCUCGCUGGCUGAUAGAGUCUGAUCGCCU